CCUUGAGAAAAUAAUUGCGAUGACGGCCAAUUUUUUUUACAAAAAAUAUACACCUAAUUUUUCAAAGGUUUUUUCGGCUCUAAUUGUGAAUACUAAAUGAUAAAAAAUCAUUUGCAAGGCCGCUGUUAUUAGUAAAACAAUUUUAAAUGGAUAACGAACUUCCGUCAUCACUGGGCAGUACAACGGAUACUAGCUCAGAUGAAUCUUUCCACGAAGAUUUAAAUCAAAAUUCCGAAACAUGUGUCGCGAGAGUCAAUGAAUCAGCAUCAACGGGCGAGUGUUGCAACGAUUCAGAAACUCCGAAGGAACUGGAUAUUAACUUCCCAAAUUUUCCGGGAUUACAGAGCGAUCUGCAAAAUGAGGAAGAAAAAUACGAAAAAUUAUCCGAGGUGAUCGAAGAACCUGAAGAUUUUACAGAUUUGGCUACUAAUGCGUCAAUUGUCGAGGCAACUCCUCGCUCUAUGAAAACAUCCGAGAAAAGUAGAUUUCUACAAGAACGGAUAUCCGCACUCAACGAAGUUAUCAUCUCAUUACGAGAAGAAUUGGAUAAAGAGGUUUCUCUCUUGCGCAAGGAACGCGACGAAUUCCAAACUCUCCAAGAAAAAAAAGAUCUCUUCGCUCUGGAGGAGGCAACCGCAGCAGCGCGUGCGGCUGCUGAGGCUUACGCAGCUGAAUCUCCUCUCUCCGAACGCAUAGAUGGCCUAACAUUUAGCUGCUUCAAUUUUCCUGGUGAAAUUCUUGACGUUAAUCCGGAACAAGCUCUGAGCGAAUUGACGAUAUUAGAGUAUGAAAAGAGGCUCGCCAAGUACCAGGAUGCUCUAGCUUUAGCGCAAGCCGAGAAAAGGUUCAACAUGCGUCGACAACUUGCGGUGAAUACGUAUCACCAGAAGCUGAUGGAGGUCGAACGAUUGUGUGACGAAGAAUUGGAGAAGAUUAAGCAAAAUGCAAACUUUCUACAGCCUCUGAAGCAAAUAGCGUCGCAGUGGUACAAUGAUGACCGAUGCGGAGGUGACGCUGAUAAAUCAGAUGUUAGUCCAAGAAACGUCCCCUAUAAAUCAUCGAUCUUAUCUGAAAAAGCAUCGUACACGACAUCAAUGUUCAGAGGUCCAUCGUUGAGUAUGUGCAAAGUUGACGCCGAGGUGAAUAUGACGCCCGAAAUGUUUGGGGCGAAAUUUAAGGUUGAGGACACCGACUGUUUAAUGUAUAGUAAACCCGGUACCACCAAUUGGAUGAACAAUGAUUUUGAUCAGAAAAUUCCGGAUGCGGGAUCGUCUAAUCCUCUCUCAGUCAAAUGGGACUCUUCGAAUUUUACUUUGUCAACGACGCAAGGGAAUCCUUAAGACUACUUCUAAGUUCGCUUAUGUAAUU